UCCGUUUUGCCGGGUUUUGCACGCAAUUUAUUAUAAGUAAUUUGUAGCAAGAUUAGUGUCAUAAAAUGAAUUUCCUUGCAAGAAAUGUUACUUUGCGAUUAGCAAAUGCGAGUUGGUCAACAAGAGGAACGCAACGAGAAUUGAUACUCCUAAUUAAACUGUAUGGAGUUAGAAACGGGAUACUUGGAAAGAGAUUGUUUAGCGAGACUGCAACAAGAAAUUACAGAGAUGCAAAGCACAGCGUAUUUUCAGCAAGCCAAGCUGCCGAAGAAGACACAACUAAUGACGAACCCAUUGGUAUAUAUGGGUUCAGUUUAUUGGCCAUUCCAAUUGUUACUUUCAUCCUUGGGACGUGGCAGGUUCAAAGACUAAAAUGGAAGACAGAAUUAAUGGAAAAAUUAAAAUUAAGAACUUCUGCAGAACCUCAGGAAUUACCUGAAGAUUUGUUUGAAAUACAGUCAAUGGAAUAUUAUCCAAUAAAAGUAAAAGGAAGAUUUUUAUAUGACAAAGAAUUUCUAGUAGGACCCAAAAGUUUAACUGUUCAUCAAGAUGGAAAUCAAGGAAACAGUGGAAUUUUUUCUGGAAAAUCUAAAAUUGGCAACCACGUUAUCACACCAUUCAAAGUAGAAAAUCGAAACAUAACAAUUUUAGUCAACAGAGGAUGGGUUCCAAAAAAUUAUAAAGUACACGAAGAAUUGAGUGAAGUACCAAAAACUGUAGAAAUCACAGGAUUAGUGCGAUCACAUGAAACUCGACCUCCUUUUUUGCCUCAUAAUUCUCCAGGAGCUGGUGUUUGGUAUUACAGAGACUUAAAUGCAAUGGCUGAAUUAACUGGUGCUGCUCCUGUUAUGAUUGAUAUGGUUGCCAAUGAUACACCAUCAAAAGGUGCUAUUGGUGGACAAACAAUAGUAAAUUUAAGAAACGAGCACUUUAGUUACAUCGUUACUUGGUACAGUUUGUCAGCAGUAACAUCAUAUUUUUGGUUUAGACAAUUCAUACAAAAACGUCCUCUUCUUUAAUAUGUGCUAUGAUACGUUUUAUACAGUCAUAAAUACAAUUUAAUAAGGAUAGGAAACUAUUGGCUAAAAGAAGACUAUAGUGAAACUUGUACUAUAUAUAAAUGUAAUCAUGUAUUUUGUUUAUUAGUAUUAAAAUGAGUUUAAAAGUUUU